UCUCGGCGGGGGAUUUCAAGAUCCUCCCGUCGUUCGACCUGCGGUGCUACACGCUCACACGAUGUCCCCAUUGCUGUUACGCCAUUGGAUCCAACGGGGCCGGCGGCCCCGCAUGUGAUUCCGGUUCCUGCCCCGGCAGUUGGAAUUCCGAGAGUUGUGUCCGGAUGCGGCAUUGGAGGGCCGGCAAUGCCCCUCUUUCCUUUGGGAGGUGGUGAGCAGAGAUUGAUGCCAUUGGUGUCCUCGUCAGUUACCCCGGCUACUUGGUCUGGACAUGGUUCUCGUUCUCCUGUUGUGGUUUUUCUGGGUCAUUCUUUCAUCUUUCGGGCUGGACAGAGAGCUGCUUGCAGGCCAGGGGGACAGUCCCUUGGUUUUCCCAAUGAUGUUCAAUGGAGAGGAAUCGGUGGACUCAAGUGGCUUCGGGUGCUGGUGGAGGCGGUGGGUAUUGCUCGUGUUGUCAAUUCCCCUGUGGUGCUUGUGAUCCAUGCGGGGGGCAAUGACCUUUGUUCCAUGAGAAUGGCUGAACUCAUUACUUUGAUGAAAGCGGAUGUUGAGAGGAUUCGGGAAUUUUUCAGGGAGAUGGUGGUAGUCUGGUCGGAAAUGGUUCCCAGGGUGACGUGGCAAGGGGCCAGGGAGGCUCAGGCUAUUGAAAAAGCUCGUCGUACAGUUAAUUCCCGUAUGGCGAGGUAUGUGAGGUCCAAAGGGGGUGUGGUAGUGAGACACAGGCAAUUGGAAGGUGAUAAUCGCCGGUUAAUGAUUGCGGAUGGUGUUCAUCUGAAUGACAUAGGCACUGAUAUUUUUCUGUCGGGGCUACAGGAUGGGGUGGAGCAGGCGUUAUUUCUCCUCGGUGGGGGUCGGAGUGCGGCUUAGUUCCUUGCCGAACUCCUCCGUGGCGGAGGAGAAAUUUGGAGGAGAUUUUCCUGGAGAGUAGAGUGUGAUGCCCGUCGAAGAGGGCGGCCGGCUGACCGCUUACCUCUGAGAGUGUUCAAUCAGAAGUUCGGAUAUAAAUGGUUUAUUUUAAUGGUUAUUAAAUAAACGCUGUGGCCGACCCCCAGUUGUCCAGCAAAAGUUAGAAGUGGUCAGUGUUUUUAUUAUA